ACAGUGCAUGCAGUGUCUCGAAUUUCGCGAUGUCUUGAUUUACGUAACAUUUAUCACACAUAAUUAAUAAUCUUUAUUGAAUCAUUCUUCUCCUCGCUGUUUGAUCGUUGAAAACUGGAAUUAAUCACACCGGGUAAACUUUGCAAGUAGCUCAGUAACUGCUGAGCGAAGCUCGAGAGUGGAGCUGAAUAACAACACUUCUUGGAGCUGAGAAGCUUACCAACCUCUCUGGACUCUGCCUUUGUGACCGAGAGGGGACGGGGCGAAGCGGCUGCGAUUGUCGGCGCGGAAGAUUGGAAUUGAGACUGAGCAAUGCAAUGGCACCAAACACUUCAUGGGUGGAAUUUUGCGGUUCCGAUUUAUGGGACCCAUCCUUACUGAAUGCUUCUGUACCUGAUGUGACACCGUGUUUCCAAGAAACAGUGUUGUCAUGGAUACCAUCAGCUUUUCUUGUUCUUAUCACUCCUUUCUAUCUCCUCUUCAUGAAACACAAUGACAGAGGAUUCAUUCCUAUAUCUAAACUGCACAAGGCUAAAUUGAGUCUUGGGUUGCUGCUCAUUCUGCUACCAGUAUUAGAUGUGUGCAAAGGGAUAUCAGAUAUGAUGCAGACUGAUGGAGACUUGCCAGCCGUAUACAUAGUCACUCCAGCAGUAUUAGCAAUAACUAUGGUUGUAGCCUUGAUCCUCAUCCAUGUAGAGAGAAUGAAAGGACAGCAAUCCUCUGGUGUGCUCUUUAUAUUCUAUCUUAUCAGUAUUCUAUGUGCAGUAGCAGAGUUUCAUUCAAAGGCUAUCAAUGCCAAGGAUCAAGGCUCCGAGGAUGCAUUCCGCUAUGUGACCUUUUACCUUUACUUCUUCCUUCUGAUUGGUCAGUUAGUGUUAGUCACCUUUGCAGAUCAGAUGCCAUAUGACUCGCCAGAUAUUGCCGAAACUAAUCCUUGCCCCGAAGCUAGAGCCUCUUUCUUGUCUGUCAUCACAUUCUGGUGGUUUACAAGCAUGGUGAUCAAGGGAUAUAAGAAGAGUCUAGAGAAAGCUGAUCUGUGGUCUCUACUCACCAGAGAUAAAGCUUCUAGAGUCGUCCCAGAAUUUGAAAGUAGCUGGUUAAAAGAAGUGCAUAGGGUGAAUCAAUCCAAGCACAGCGCGUACUCUCAAGCCUCGCUGAAUCGUCAUGGUGAUGGAGGUCAGAAGUAUGCUAUGACAGAACUCGAUCCAGAAGGGAAAUCCCCUAAUGGUACCAACACCAAGGUCUACCGCCCACCCACUGAUCCAUCAUCUAAAGGCAAUAUUGAUGGUUACACUCAGGCCUUAGCCGUACCACAGGUGGAGUUUAUAGAUAGUAGCAGUAAAGCAUCGUUGUUUAGAGCUGUCGCUAUGAGGUACGGAGAGAAGUUCUUGGUUGCUGUUUUGCUCAAGUUCAUCCAUGAUUGCUUACUCUUUGUCAACCCACAGAUACUCAGAUUACUGAUCAACUUCACAGAAGACCAUACUAUUUGGCAAUGGAGGGGUUUCUUCUAUGCAGGAGUUAUGCUCAUGAUAUCAAUGUUCAACUCUACUCUAUUACAUCAGUACUUUCAUCGUUGUUUCAUCGUUGGUAUGCAUCUCAGAUCAGCUAUCAUUGGUGUGGUCUAUAGAAAGUCCUUACAGCUCUCCAGUGCAGCAAGGAAAGGAGCUACCGUUGGUGAGAUAGUCAACCUGAUGUCAGUUGAUGCUCAGCGUUUCAUGGAUCUAUGUACCUAUCUCAACAUGUUAUGGUCAGGUCCAUUUCAGAUCUCAGUAGCCCUUUACUUCCUAUGGCAGACGUUAGGACCGUCAGUCUUGGCUGGGUUAGGUGUCAUGAUUCUACUCAUACCACUCAAUGCAUUGGUAGCUACGCAAGCAAGAAAACUACAAGUGAAACAGAUGCAAUACAAGGAUGCUAGAAUCAAACUGAUGAGUGAGGUGCUGAGUGGCAUCAAGGUGCUGAAGCUGUAUGCAUGGGAGGAGUCUUUCCAAUCUAAGAUUCUUGCUAUCAGAGACAAGGAACUGAAAGUCUUACGUCUAGCUGCUUACCUCAAUGCCUUCACCUCAUUCACAUGGACCUGCGCACCUGUCCUAGUUUCUGUGACGACAUUUGCAGUGUAUGUGAUAUCAGAUGAGAACAACAUUCUUGAUGCAGAGAAAGCUUUUGUUUCAAUCGCUCUCUUUAAUAUCCUGCGAUUCCCACUCAGUAUCAUGCCAAAUCUUAUCUCAAAUAUGGUACAGACCAGUGUAUCACUGAAGCGUUUGGAGAAGUUCUUGAAGAAUGAACAGCUAGACCCUCAGAAUGUAGACCAUUUCAACAUGCCAGGUCACUCAAUAACUGUAGAUAGUGGACAUUUCACUUGGGAUAGAGAGGAGAAAACAACUCUUACAAACAUCAAUCUGGACAUCAAGCAAGGAUCUCUAGUAGCGGUUGUAGGACAGGUUGGAUGCGGGAAGUCAUCACUUCUAUCUGCGUUGCUAGGAGAGAUGGAGAAAGUAGAUGGGAAAGUCUUUGUGCAGGGUUCCGUUGCCUAUGUUCCUCAGCAAGCUUGGAUACAGAAUGCAACACUGAGAUCAAACAUUGUUUUCAGUGGAGAUCUUCAUGUAACUAAAUACAAGCAUGUGAUACAGUCCUGUGCCUUGGCUCGUGAUCUAGUAGUGCUACCAGGUGGAGACAUGACAGAGAUUGGUGAAAAGGGUAUCAACCUGAGUGGUGGUCAGAAGCAGAGGGUCAGUCUGGCCAGAGCUGUGUAUGCUAACACUGAUCUGUACCUGCUGGAUGAUCCAUUGAGUGCGGUGGAUGCUCAUGUAGCGAAGCAUAUCUUUGGACAUGUCAUAGGACCUCAAGGUCUUCUCAAGAACAAGACUCGUAUCCUGGUAACCCAUGGGAUCAGCUUCCUACCUCAGGUUGAUCAGAUCAUUGUAAUGAUAGACGGCUCUGUCUCUGAGGUAGGCUCCUAUCAGGAUCUAUUGGAUCAGAACGGUGCGUUUGCAGAGUUUCUUCGGAAUUACAGCCAAGAUGCAGACGAGAAGGAGGAUGAAGACGAGGAAGAGGAGGAGGAGGAAGAAGAUAUACCAGUCAAUAUAUCACUAGAAGAUCUAACAGAAGACAGAGAGCCAACCAGAAACCUAGAACCACUCAGAGGAAAAGCUAGGAAACUAAGUAAAGGCAUAGAGGCUAUAUCACAGUAUGAUAUCUUCAACACACCAAGUAAGAAGACAGACCAUGUAAUGAAGACAGACGCCUAUGAUGAGGUCGUGAUGGGUGAUACAGAGGAGAAGAUCAUACAAGCAGAGAAGGCAAAGCUAGGCAAUGUCAAGUUGACAGUCUUCUGGGCCUACAUCCGUUCCAUCGGUGUAUUUCUCUCCACUGUCAUUGUCGCCCUCUACAUGCUCUUCAACAUCACCUCCGUAGCAGGUAACCUAUGGCUAAGCCGCUGGAGUAAUGAGCCCUUGGUUAACGGAACACAACCAGACUCUGUGAGGGAUAGAUAUCUCACUGUCUACGCAUUGCUCGGACUCACACAGGGCAUCAUAGCAAUCGCAGCCGUCAGCAUCCUUCGUCUAGGAACCAUCCGAUCCGGUCGUAUCCUUCAUAUCCAUCUUCUCAAUGCCGUCAUUCGCUAUCCAAUGGCUCUCUUUGAUACCAUCCAACGUGGUAGUCAUCUCAACCAUUUCUCAAAAGACGUGGAUGUCAUCGACCAUGACCUUCCAGAGAAGCUGGAUGAUUUCCUGACGUGUGCCCUAGAUACUAUCUUCUCAUUCAUCAUCAUCUGCUUCUCAACUCCUUGGUUUAUGCUAGUGGCAGUCCCACUCAUUACGUUCUAUGUUGUAGUACAGCGGUUCUACAUCUGUACGUCCCGUCAGCUGAAGAGACUUGAGUCAGUGUCACGCUCACCCAUCUAUUCACACUUCUCUGAGACGAUCGUUGGUACAAGCACCAUCAGAGCAUAUCAAUGUCAGCAAGACUUCAUCAAACACAAUGAGCAGCUGAUUGAUAACAAUCAUAUCACAUACUACCCUAAUAUCAUCUCAAACAGAUGGCUUGCCUUGAGACUAGAGUGUGUUGGGAACUGCAUCGUAUUCUUUGCGGCUCUCUUUGCAGUGAUUGGUCGAUCCAAUCUUAGCUCAGGCAUCGUAGGAUUGUCCAUCAGCUAUGCCCUGCAGAUCACCCAGACAUUGAAUUGGAUGGUGCGAAUGACCAGUGAGCUAGAAACCAAUAUUGUUUCUGUGGAGAGAGUCAAGGAAUAUUCUGAAGCACCGACAGAGGCAGCUGCUAUAGUAGCAGACAACAGACCUGCAGAGUCAUGGCCUGAUGAAGGCAAAGUAGAGUUUAUCAACUACAGUACUCGUUAUAGAGAAGGGCUUGACCUUGUCAUCAAAGGAAUCAAUUUUACUGUCAAGCCUGGUGAGAAGGUUGGUGUUGUUGGAAGGACAGGAGCAGGGAAAUCUUCUCUGACCAUGGCUCUCUUCAGAAUCAUUGAACCUGCUGAGGGUCACAUUGAGAUUGAUGGUGUGGACAUCUCAUUGAUUGGUCUCAAAGAUCUAAGGUCUAAGAUCACCAUUAUACCUCAGGAUCCUGUCCUGUUUGCUGGACCUCUACGUAUGAAUCUGGAUCCAUUUGAGAGCUAUACUGAUGAUGAGGUCUGGCUAGCUCUUAGACUGUCUCAUCUAGCAACGUUCAUCUCUAGUCUUCCUGAGGGAUUGCAGUAUGAGUGUGCAGAGGGAGGAGAAAACCUCAGUGUUGGUCAGCGGCAGCUGAUCUGCCUUGCGAGGGCGCUGUUGAGGAAGAGCAAGAUCUUGGUCUUAGACGAAGCGACUGCAGCAGUGGAUCUAGAGACGGAUGAUCUCAUCCAGACUACAAUACGAACAGAGUUCGCAGAAUGUACAGUCAUCACAAUAGCACAUAGGAUCAACACUAUCAUGGAUAGUACCAGAAUCUUAGUGAUGGAUGGAGGAGAGAUAGCAGAGUUUGACACACCCACCGAGCUACUUACCAGUGGAGGGAUCUUCUACACUAUGGCCAAAGAUGCAGGACUUACCUCAUAGUACAUCUAGUGUGAAGUCUACCCCUUUGACUCCCAUCAACUUUUUACAUGACUGAGUUGGUAUGUGAAGAGUUCUUUAAUAGGGAAUAUUGUGUGUAUGAAAUGGCUAGAAUUUGUGAAAGAGGUUUAAUUAAUAUAUGGUCUAAAUCAUAAUUUAAACAUCGUCCGUGGACUGCAGUAAACGUAAAGAAGUGUUUAUCAGCAAAUGGAUUGCUUGCCCUUUAGAUGUAAGAUCAUAUAGGUUCUAUGCUUAUGGCGUUUUAAACCAUGGCUUACAAUUAACCUCUUUUGUGAAUUUAAGUUAGUGUGUCAACAGUGACACUGUAUUUAUCUUUAAAACAGUCAUGAAAACACCAUACUGAGAAAAAGCAAAAUCUUGUGCAAGCUUACAGUGACAUAAUCUCUCCAUUAACAUUAUAUUACCUCAAUGUGUUGGGUAGAUUCUACUUUAUUUGCAGGUUAAAACCAUUUUGUGUGAACUGGUCGUCGGGAGUGAUUACUUCAUUUAAUACCAAUGAGAGUUUUAUUGACAUGUUCACUUUUUAAAACAAUGCCUGUAUGGAAUGAUCCUUUAGAAAAUGAGUUUUCUUGUGUGUGCAAUCUUUGGGCACGUGUACAUAUUUGUAAGAGGUAACGUAGUGAAUCUCUUCUUACAACUCGAUCUAUUUGCAGUGCUUGCCUGAGGAAAUUGAAAUUGUAUAAUAUUGAUGUUUUGUAUUUUCUUCAUGAUGCCUUUAUUGUACAUGUACCUCCUCCAUCAUCUACCAAAGAUAUUAUACAGCAAGUUAUUAUGAUGGUUUAACUUUGAUGAAUAAGUUUUUAAAUGCCAAUCAAACCUUUGUUGAUUUUGAUAAGAGCAAAUGAAUAUGAGAAACAGACUGGUGAAAGUUUUUUUUUUAAUGGGUAAGUUAUGAAAGUUAUGAAUGAUUGUGAGUUGAGAUCUAUAUGAAUAUCAAACUGGUAUUAUGACUAUAGGGAUAUAGUGUCAUGUAAGAUUGUUCUUGCAUUCGUUCAUCCAUUGAGAUGUUGUAAUUUCUAUUACCUCCUAGAUAAAACUUUCCACCAAUUGUACUCAGAAUUUAAUUGAGAACAUGAUGUUUAAUGAACCUCUAUUAGUCUAGAAAGAGAAAGAGAAAAAGUGAUGUUUUGGCCUUUCACUGUAGCAUUCUGACAUUUCACUUCAUUCAGAAUACAAUUAUCAGCAAAUCAAGAAUUCUGUCUAAACAUUAAUUUUAAAUUGUUGAAUUUUCACCAAUCUGUUUCUCUGAUUUUUAUGCUUAAAG